AUGGAAGAGCAAUAUGAGGAUAGCUUCAAGGAGAGAACGCUCAAAGCAGCUCAUAAGGUUGAAGAUGAGCUGGACAACAACCAAACUCAGACAGUUCAGCCACCGAAGAGAAAUUGGCCUGCCUUCUUUUUCUUUCAGCGAGAACAACUUCCUAAAUAUAAAGAACAAAAUCCAAAUCUUUCGCAUAGAGAAUGAGUGAAAAAGAUGGGUGAAAUGUGGCGAGGACUCUCUGAAACUGAGAAACAACCCUACAUUGACCAAGAGAAGCAGGAUAAAGCCAGAUAUCUGAAAGAAAAGGAACUAUACAUGCAAGAAAACAAGGGCUCUAUUUGGGAUAAAUCUAAACAAGUAAGAACGAGAAAGCAAAGAAAGGGACCUAUAAGAGCUUGGCCUCCAUUUUUCUAUUUCCAUAAACAAAGAAGAGGAGAAAUUAAGGAAGAAAAUCCAACCUUGAAUCAUAGAGAAAUUGUUGCUAAGCUUGGAGCAGAGUGGAGAGCACUAUCUGAUGAACAGAAGAAGCCAUUUGUAGAACUCUCAAAGCAAGAUGAACUUAGGUACGAGAGGGAAAAGGAAGGGUUCGAUACAAAAGAGACCUCUUCGGAGACAAUUCCUUCUUCUAUGCAAUCUAAAAUCAACCUCAGAAAUGACCAGGAAGAUAAUCAGGAUCUAUCAGAAUGAGCUGGCGAAGAAGACAAAGAGGAUGAAUCUAGAUCUAAAGAAGUGUCGCAAACUUCUGAGAAGAAAUCUGAACUUCCUUUAGCACAAGAUAGUACCAGAUGAGACAAGGAUAGAGUCCAAAGGAGGUCUAAGUCUGGACCUAAAAAACCAAUGUCUCCUUUCUUCCAGUUUUCCAAAAGCAGGAGGGAACAACUUAAGCAACAGAACCCUGACUUGAGCAUCAAAGAGGUGACUAUGCUUCUAGCUCAAGAGUGGAGAGCCCUGACUCCUGAAGCCAAAUCUCAGUUCGAAGAACUUGCUGCUAAGGACAAGGAGAGGUACGAGAGGGAGAAGAAAGAGCUUAACCAGUCAGAAACUUCAGAAGGUGAAGCCCAGAAGAGCUUACUGCAGAAGAAGGCAAAGCCUAUGCAGUAGUCAUAACUCGAUCAGUUUUAAAAGAGUUUAACAAA